AUGCUGCGCAGCCCGCCGCGGUCCCGUCCCGGUCCGCCGCCCCCCCCCAAGACCCCCUUCCACAUCGAAGCUCUCCUCGCCCGGGAGCCGCCGCGCCGCGGCCCCGCCGCCGCCUCCGCCCCGCCGCCCCCGCGUUGGCCCGCGGCGGGACCGGGACCGGGACCGGGACCGGGGCUGGGGCCGCUACCGGGAGGCUGGGGCUGGGGCUGGGGCGGUGCAGGUCUGGCGUUGUCUCACUGUGUAGGCACCAACUCGCUGUGCCCUGCUGGGCCCUGGAGGUCUGGGGGGCCCUGCAAGAUGAAGAGGGUCCGCACGGUCUUCAAACCAGAGCAGCUGGAGCGGCUGGAGCAAGAGUUCCUCAAGCAGCAGUACAUGGUGGGCACAGAGCGAGUAGACCUGGCUGCCACUCUGCAUCUCACAGAGACUCAGGUGAAAGUCUGGUUCCAGAACCGGAGGAUCAAAUGGAGGAAGCAGAGCAUGGAGCAGAAGGCGGCAAAGCUGUCGCAGUUCGGGGUGAUACAGCCUGCCACCGCGGACUCGACGGAUAUCAAGGACCACGAGGAGGACACCGUGGACGUUGAGCUUUGAACAGCUGAUGAGAUUCAGCUGCCGCUGUUGUUUUUUGGGCUGUGUCUGCCUGAUGGAGAUAUGGGGGAUACAGGCAUGUCUG